UGGCCAGAUGUAUUUCAACUCCAUCAUCUCGGACAGCACCAAACUCCUGAAGCCCAUCCUGGUCUUCGCCUUCGCCAUCGCCGCCGGCAUCUGCGGCUUGACCCAGAUCACCCAGUACCGCAGCCACCCUAUCGACGUCUACGUGGGCUUCCUCAUCGGCUCCGGGAUCGCGGCCUACCUGGCAUACCACGCGGUGGGCAACUUCCAAGCGCCGACCGAGAGGGCCCCGGCCAACCCCCCCACCAAGGACGCCCUGCGGGCCCUGACCCAGCGGGGCCAUGACUCGGUGUACCACCAGAAUAAGUCGGUCAGCACGGACGAGCUCAACCCCCAGACCCGGCUGGACGGGGUGAACCGCCAGGUCCAGCGGGAGAAGAACUCCCUGGGCAGCCUGAAACGGGCCAGCGUGGACGUGGACCUGCUGGCCCCCCGCAGCCCCAUGGGCAAGGAGAACAUGGUCACCUUCAGCAACACCCUGCCCCGGGUCAACACCCCCUCCAUGGACGACCCCGCCCGGCGCCACAUGACCAUCCACGUCCCCGUGGACGCCUCCCGCUCCAAGCAGCUCAUCACCGAGUGGAAGCAGAAAUCCCUGGAGGGCCGGAGCAUGACGCUGGCCGAGGAGGCCAGUGGGCACGCGAGGGCUGGCUCAGACUCGGUGGGCGUGGAUGAAGAGGAGCAUGUCCCCCCCUCACUCUACCCGACGGUGCAGGCCCGCACGGCCGAGCGGGCUGCCAUGGGGCCCCGGGUUCUCAUCCAGCCCCGGCCGGGGGUCCAGCUGGUUCACAUCCCCGAGGAGAGCCAAGGCACUGCCAACAUCUCGCCCAACAGCAGCUCAGCCGUGCGGGCCAAGUGGAUGAUGAUGGCGGAGAAAGGGGCGGGCCAGCGGGUGGCCAACCCGCCUCGGCUCAUGCAGGUCAUCGCCAUGUCCAAACAGCAGGGCCUGGUGUCCGUCACCCCCAAGCACUCGGAGACCUCCUCGUCCUCCACCAGCUCCGACUCCUCCCAGUACCGCUCGCCGUCAGAGCGGGACAGCUCCAGCAUCGUCACCAUCGACGCCCACGCCCCGCACCACCCCGUGGUGCACCUCUCCUCCGGCAACGGGCCCUGGGAGUGGAAGGUGGCCCAGAAAGGCUCAGAUGGGCAGGACGCCUACGAGCUGAACGAGAUGAGCAAGGAUUACCGGGGCUUCCGGCCCACCAGGAGCGCCGGCGUCUCCCCGGGCUCCUCCGUCAGCGACAUCGAGCAGGACGAGCCGCGCUACGGCAGCGUGGCCACCAUCAACGUGGCGCCGGGAGGGAGCGGGGCGGCGGAGCGGGGUGAGGGCAUCCCGGAGAAUCUGCUAGGCCCCGCCAGCCGGGAGUCCACCCUGCGGAGGAAGCCCGCCGGCCUGACCGUCAGCGAGAAGGACGGACACACGGACAACGAGGCGGAAAACUACUACAAGAAAAUCCAAGCCAACCGGAGAUUUAAGGAGUAAUUCA